GAUUCUCCGAUAGGAACAUUUGUUGUGGAUGUCAAUGCCACAGAUCCAGACGUGAUUGGAAAGAUAACAUAUUCGCUGUCACUUACAAAAGAAUCUGUCCGGGUCCUGUUCGAAAUCGAUGAACAGUCUGGUGUUAUUACGACGAACGCAAUAUUUACUAUUGAUGUAGCAGACACGGAUGGUAUGCAGGGAAUAUUUGAGAUCGAUCCAGUUACUGCCAAUAUAUCCACUGUUUAUUCUCUGGACCCCUUCGAGGUAACACCAUUUUAUAAUUUGACUGUUAUCGCUUCUGAUGGAGGAGAACGACCUAAGUCAAGUACUGUUCCUGUAUAUGUUACUGUCACAGACGUAAUAGACCCAACUACACCAAGUGGUUCGGAAUGCCUGUCUGAAGAUGACACAUGUGGCUGUCAAAUAUUAGUCACAGUUAUAAUACUGUUAUUAGUUGUUGUUUCUGUUAUUGCCCUUUAUUAUUGCUGUCGACAAGUAUGUCAAGAAAAAGACAGAUAUAAUUUGGGAUGGAGAAAAAUAAAGGGCAGUUCGAAAACAUCUGAAGACGAACAGGUACCACACAAAAAAGGUGAGUUCUUCAUCGAUUCGAAUGGAACAAUAUAUGCUGUAUGUAACAUUGACAGUAAAGAAAUUGCUUUGUAUACGUUAACAGUUAUGGCCACAGACAAUGGGGAAGAACCACAGAAUAGUACUGUUCCUGUAGACAUCAUAGUUAUCGAUUUCAAUGACAACACGUCUACAUUCACUGAAAGUCACUUCAAUGGCUUUGUUGAGGAAAAUGUACAGUAUCACGUCAAAACCGUCCAAGUGAUUGCAACUGAUGCAGAUGAAGGUUACACUGCUGAUGUGUACUACACAAUUUUGUGUGGGGACGACGGCGAUUUUGCAAUUGACAAUGAAUAA